AUGACAAGGAUGAAGGGCAGCAGCGUAAGGGUGUGCUUCCGGCUCAUACCGAAGCGGCUGUUCGACCAGCUGCCCGCCAACACGGCGCCCGAGAUCGAGGUGCUGCCGCUCGAGACGCUGGCGCUGCAGGUCCGCGCCGCCGGCUUCGAGCCCGCGGACUUCCUGGCGAGCGCGCCCAGCCCCCCCCCGACCGCGGCCCCGCCGCCAGCCAUGGAUGUCGUCGGAGGCGAUGCGAGCGCCCCGUGCGACAUCAAGCAGCAGUUGUCUGAGCUGGCGGCGCACAUCGACGCGAUCAAGGAUGUCAAACCUGAAGAGGUACAGGGAGCCUGUCGCCAGCUUCGCGAGAAGCAGGCAAGGCUUCGCCAACAGUGGGGGAUGUCCUUUCAGCGCGCGGAGCUGGAGGUCAAGGCUAAACGGCAGCAGGAGCACUUGCAGGAGCUGGAGGGCAAGGUACAGGAGGCGCAGAAGGCUGUGCGUGAGGCCUUCACUGAGCUCAACGGCACCAGAGCGGAGCUGCUGGAGCUGGAAGAGCUGCGGCGAUUGCUCGUUGCGGAAGCCCCUCAGCCUCCAGAGUCACAGAAAUGGAAGCCGCAGUCGCUGGGCCAGGUGCUCGGGUCCAGCACCGAGCUGUCGGUCAAGCAGCUUGGCUCGAUCUUGCAGGGGUUCGGCGCGUCCGAGGCGAUGGCGAAGAACCUUCGCAGCGCGCUCGCGGAGGCGCGGGGCGCCGAGGAGGCAGCAGCGCGAGGCUGA